AUGUUGAAAGAGUGUCUUGUUGACUGGCCUGAAAACAAGAACCUUAUGAAAGUUUUAGGGUUAUCCAAGGACAACCUUUUUGAGAUUUUAAAACAACAAAAAUCAAAGGAUGAUAAGGUUUUGAUGACUCCAAUGGUUUUGGAAAACUGGAGAGUGAAUUCAAUGAUACUUAUAGGAUCUACUGGGUCCCUCAAAGAGUUGAUAAUUGAUUUGUUUAAAGACUAUUAUAGCAGCUUUAGCAACAUUUCAUUUUUACAUUAUUUGAAGGAUGGUGAGCUUUCAACAAUAGAAAAAUUAAAGUCCAGGCUUAUUCGGUUAAGCAAAUUGGUACAAACCAAGAGGUAUAAUUUUUUAAUAAUCAAUCAAUUCAACAAAAUUUCUAAAACCACACAGUAUUUGAUUAAAUCACUCAUUGAAAAUAAUAAGAUAAUUUUGAUUGGUCUAGUGGAUUUAGAUUCUACACAGAAUUUCCAAAACCAAAAUUUGAUUAAAGCACUUAGUUAUAUAGAUAAAGGUUUGCUUUCAAUGGCAACCGUUUGGAAGAUCAGUGAUUUACAAAGUAAAGAGAACACCGAACAAUUCAUACACAUGUACAUUCUGAAAUUAAAUAAAAUGUACAUGAAUAAAGCUGAGAAUUUUUCAGAUGGCAGUCAACUCAAAAUCCUGAUCGAGUUUUCUGAGAAAAGCAUUGCUUAUGUCUGCAGUUUAUGUGAUGGAAAUAUAUUUUCCAUGGCCAAUUACUUGAAAGUUUUACAUAAUCAUUAUUGUGUUAUUUCUCAAUUAUCCUAUAAUAAAUUGGAAGCUAAAAAUUUUCCUGGAGAUCAAUUAUAUCAAGAUGACAAGUAUAGUCAAUUAUUUGCCGAUAUCAUAAAGAAAAGUGAUAGGGCUGUCAAAUAUGCUGAAAACUCUGUUCCUAAACAAAAGAUUGUUUCAAUCGUUGUUGAUGAGAAAUUGAUCAAACACUUGAUGAAAACAACUUGCCUCUCUACCAACUAUGAGUCUGGUUCAAGUCUGGACAAUACUAACGAGAUUCAUUUCCUAAAUUUAGAAAACUUGCUACUUGAAAAGAAAAACUAUAAAUUGGCAAUUUUUGAGGUGUUGUUUAUUCGAAACAAACAACAGCUAUCAACAGCUAAAAUCCUAAGUCGGUUAGCAAUUAUAACAUUAAAAGGAAACUACAAUAAAAAACAGAGCAUCUCAUCAGAGAAAUUUUUUCGUCUAAGUCGAGUCUUAGAGGAGCUCAACAGCUCUAUCAAAGCCAUCAGAACAGUAGGAGAAAUGGAUAGAAAAUUUGUUGAUAUUAUUUUAAUUCGAUGCAUUUUAAAUAUAUACAAAUACUUUCAAUACGAGGAUAAUCUAUAA